AUAUAUUUCUUUAUACAGUCGGAGGAUUUGAAGAGCAGAAAGGAACCACACAUUCGGGCCCUGAGAAAAGUUCUGUUUGAGGAUUUCCGACAGUGGCUGUCAGAGGUGACGAAAGUGGAGCUGGAGACCACUGUAGACCUAUCAUGUGCUCAGUACAAUUACACAGAUAUUCUGCUCUGUCAUGAUGAUGAGCUGGAAGGGAGAAGAUUUGCUUUUAUCCUGUAUCUUGUUCCAGAGUGGACAGAAGCAGAUGGGGGAUCCCUGGACCUCUACAGCACUGAUGAGAGGGCACAGCCUGGUCAUAUUGUCAAGUCAUUGAUUCCAUCCUGGAACACGCUGGUUUUCUUUGAGGUCUCUCCAGUCUCUUUCCACCAGGUUUCAGAGGUUCUAUCUGAGGGAAAAUGCCGCCUGUCAGUAGGCGGUUGGUUUCAUGGUUCAUCCCUGGAGAGACCACCACGCUCCCUGGAUCCGGUGCCUGUCCGCAGCCCCCACAUCCCCUGUGAUCAUGAAAUCUUGUAUGAGUGGAUAAAUCCAGUUUAUCUCUCAGUUGAGUAUCAGGCUCAAAUUCAGGAGGAGUUUGAAGACACAUCUGAGAUACUCCUGAAGGACUUUCUUAAGGAAGAGAAGUUUAAUGCAGUUUCUGCAGCACUUGAAACACAGAGUGUUGAAUGGGAGCUCCUGGGUCCCCCCAACAGAAGGUGUUAUGAAAGAGCAAAAGGUGAGCUUCCGGAAAUUCUGAGGUCCUGCAUGGAGUUUCUAAAAUCUGAGGCCUUCUUUCUGCUAAUGUCCAACCUCACUGGUCUGAAGCUGCACUUCCUGGCAGCCAACGAUGAAGAGUCUGAUGAAGAGGAGGGAUCCUCAGAACUGAAUGGCAGGGCCUCUGCGCAAGGGGAUGACAGCGAUUGUGUGAGAGUUCCUGUAUGCUCUGGAGAGCUGAGACACUGGGAACACGGGCACUACACAUUGAUUCAUGACCAUGACCCCGAGAGACAGGAGUUUGCCUUGGAUCUUUUGUGGUUCUGUGGAUGUGAAGAUUGGGAGGCACAGUAUGGAGGAUUCACAUCUUACAUUGCUAAGGAGGAGGAUGAAGAGCUUCUUACAGUUUAUCCAGAGAACAAUUGCCUGGCCUUGGUUUAUCGAGAUAAAGAAACAAUGAGGUUUGUAAAACACAUCAACCACAAGAGCAUACAGAGAAAUACCAGCCUUCAAAAUCACAAAGGAUUCUGGGACUUUGCAUUUGUGUACCAUGAAUGA